AUGGAGAAGAGGUAUGAAGAGCUGGUGCACUAUUCAGGGACGGAGGGCAUGCCGAUGGGGGUCUACGGGGAAAAUGUCAGACCACUUCCAGCCCCUCAAUACGGAACCGCUAUCCCCGACUCCCUCAAACACCACAAGGACCAGAUCUAUGGUCACCCACUGUUCCCACUGCUGGCCUUAGUUUUUGAAAAGUGUGAGCUUGCCACCUGCUCCCCCCGAGAUUCCUCCUCCCUGUCCGCCACCUCCCACCUCCCGGGCAUGACGAGUCACAGCGACGUGUGCUCUUCAGAAUCCUUCAACGAUGACAUUGCUGCAUUUGCUAAACAGAUUCGGUCAGAAAAACCAAUAUUUUCUUCCAAUCCUGAGCUGGACAACUUGAUGAUUCAGGCUAUACAAGUUCUUCGCUUUCAUUUACUGGAGUUAGAGAAGGUUCAUGACCUAUGUGAUAACUUUUGCCACCGAUACAUCACCUGUCUGAAGGGCAAAAUGCCCACGGACUUGGUUUUGGAUGAACGGGAGGGAGGAUCCAAGUCUGACAUGGAGGACUUUAAUGGUUCCUGCACCAGUCUGUCCGAGCAGAAUGCAUCAUGGUUACGAGAGCCAGAUGAAUGUGCUACCACUCCUUUGGGAACACCGGGCACCUGCGGUCUGCCUUCACAUAGCACAGCAGACAACUGUAGUGAUACAGGUGAUGGCUUGGACACAGGAGUGGCCUCCCCCAGCACAGGAGAGGAGGAUGAGUCUGACAGAGAAAGGAGAAACAACAAAAAAAGAGGCAUUUUCCCCAAAGUGGCCACCAACAUAAUGAGAGCCUGGCUCUUCCAGCAUCUGACACACCCGUACCCGUCAGAGGAGCAAAAGAAGCAGCUGUCACAGGACACGGGUCUGACCAUCCUACAGGUCAACAACUGGUUUAUCAACGCCAGAAGGAGAAUAGUUCAGCCUAUGAUUGACCAGUCAAAUCGCUCAGGUCAGGGUGGUCCCUACAGCCCAGAGGGUGCAGCUCUUGGAGGUUAUGGGCUUGAUGGACAAGCACACCUCGGCCUCCGUGCAGCAGGUCUUCAAGGGAUGCCAUCUUUGCAAGGAGACUACCCCGGUGCUCUACUCUCCCAAGCAGCCUACCCACCCCACCCAGGACCUUCUCUCCACCCAUACCCAGGCCCACACCCGCACGCCGCCAUGCUGCUUCACCCGCCGCCACAUGCGCACCCUUCAGAGCCCCUCCUUACACAAGGACUGGACAUACAUGCACACUAG